GAGACAAUAUGGGGGAGCCCCAGAUUGCUUUGGAUUGGCUUGAGCAGAUGGACCGGGUACUCAAGAAUUUGAGAGUCCUAGAUGCUGAUCGCUCGGAGUUGGCGUCACAGAUGUUCCGGAAGGGAGCAUAUGAUUGGUGGAAGCGCAUUGACCAGGAUCCACACACGCCCAAGCCUUGGACCUGGGAUCGCUUUGAUCGAGCCUUCACGAAGGGGUACGUCCCCACCCGGUACCGCGAGGAGAGGCGCGAUGAGUUCGUUGCGCUAAAGCAGGAGGGGAUGUCACUGCCUGAACUGAGACAGAGGUUCGACUACCUAUCCCAGUAUGCGACGAGUCAGGUCUCCACUCCGGAGGAUUGUUUGAAUGAGUUCGUCAAGAAGCUACGGCCAGACUUGAGGCCGUACGCCGCGCUGAUCACGACGACAGAUUUUAAUGCGGCGUAUGAUUUGAUUGUGAAGACGGAAAAGAGCUUGGAUGAUGUGCAGGCAACCAAGAAGGAGGAUCGAGCGACGAAAGACCCGCGACCCGCGGCCAGCACUAGGCGGAGCGGGAAGAGUUUUGGAUUCGGGGGAAAGAGGUACGAGAAGGGUUCUUCGAGUGCGCCGCCGCCUAAGAGGAGUAAGUCGAGGCCGUCUCCGUCGGCCGCCGCUAGCAACUCGAACAGAACGAGGAGCCACCCGCAGUGUGUACAGUGUGGUAGGCAUCACCCGGGCGAGUGUUGGCUCGCCCAAGGCUUAUGUUUGGGUUGUGGCCAGCCAGGGCAUUUCAGGAGGCAUUGCCCGACAAAUCCUAGCAGCGAGCCUGUUUUACCUAGAGCUCCGGAUCAGCCUGCCGCAUCACAUCCAGCACGGAGUCAGCAGUCUACGGCCGCAAAUAAUCAGCAGAGACCACGUUCGCAGCAGUCAGGCCGGGCACCAGCGCGUACCUACGCCAUGCAUGGGCGCACAGAUCCUAGCCCCGAUGUUAUCUUGGGUACGUUCAUACUAUUUGAUUCGGUUAUGCAUGCCUUGAUUGAUCCGGGUUCUACGCUCUCCUAUAUCUGUGUUGGCAUGCCUGCUAAUUCUGCGAUUGUGAGGAGUGACCUUGAGAUACCUACCGUUGUAUCGAAUCCGCUAGGGCAUAGCAUGCGUCUUCAUCACAUUUAUCAUAGAUGUCCGUUGUCCAUGCAAGGGAAGCAAUUCCCUGCAGAUUUGAUAGAGCUACCACACAAGGAGUUUGACAUUAUCCUUGGUAUGGAUUGGCUCACCGAGCAUAGAGCAGUGGUCGACUACAGUUGUCGGACCGUACGGCUGAGAGCCGAGGACGGUAGCGACGUAUCACUCUCCGGGGAAGUGUUCCCCAAGACUCCCGAGUUCAUAUCGUCCUUGAGCGCGAGGCGCUUGAUUCGCAAGAAGUGCGAGAUGUUCCUGUGUCACGUUCAGGAUAUGCGAAAAGAAUCGCCACGUCAACAGAACAUUCGUACGGUUUGUGACUUCCCCGAUGUCUUUCCCGAAGACCUACCUGGAAAGAGGCCCGAGUUUGCAAUUCGCGAUGACGGAGUCUUGUACUAUCGUGAACGCCUAGUGGUGCCCCGCGGUGAAGAAACCGAGGAGAAGGUUCGUGUGAUCAGAGACCGACUCCGCACUGCUUCGGACAGACAGAAAUCUUAUGCAGACUUGAAGAGACGAGACAUAGAGUACAAUGUUGGUGACAUGGUAUUCUUGAAGGUUUCACCUUGGAAGAAGGUCCUACGGUUCGGGAAGAAAGGGAAGCUUAGCCCUAGAUUCAUUGGACCCUACCGCAUUCUGGAGCGAAUAGGACCUAAAGAAAAUAAGUUGACUGUUGGUCAACCGUCUAAAGAACCGAAUGUAAAGUUGAAUUGAUUUUUAUUAAAAGGAUAAACAUAUGCACGAUCUUAAUUGUUGAAUUAUUAUGUUUAUUCUUGUGCUACAAUGGAGUACCACUCAGCGUCAAUGCUGAGCGGAUAGCGUUGUUUUCCUUUUUGCUGUCCGUAGGUGAUCAGACAGAUGAACCUAGAGCCGAUCCCAGAGGGCAUUGAGGAGGAGAUGUACGAUGGCGUGGCUGUCUCUUUAAUCUGUUGAUAUGCUUUAUUUAAUUAACUUUAAUGCUUAUUACGUUUUCGGGCAAGAUCCCAAGUUGUUUGACUUUAAAAAGGCUUCCGCAUUAAUUUAAAUUACUCGGAUGGAUUUUUAUAUGUAUUGAUAGAACCCCUUGAAGGAACGAAACUCAAGAAGCUGUUUGGAAGUCAAAAGGUCAGCGGUUUGACGAGCAUUUGUUGAUGCUGUCGAUUCGUUUGGUCCCUUCUAACGUUGUGUCGUACUCGAGUUCGAAACACAGAUUAAGUGAACCAACCGGAGGGCGAAGAGACGAUAAGAUGGCAGGUUG